AUGACACGCACGACAGACUUCCCCUCGUGGUUCUGGCUCCCUCUCAGGGAUGACUGCGAGUGGGACUCGCUCUUCAGCAUGCACGAGUGCUACGACGAGGAGUACGACAACGUGCUCUCGACUCUGAUAGGGGUCCUCUUGAGGAUCUUCCUGACGACACCCUUUUUCUUCUGGGCCUUUAUGGUCUUCCACUUCAGCCGACAACUCUCCCAACGGCUCCUCCUCCUCAUUCUCGCCCUCACUAUCAUCACGGCGGUCCCCGUUUGGCUUCUCCCAACCAUCUACAGUGAUGGCUACGAGCGCCAUCGGGGUAUGGUGGAACCCUCAUUCUCCAUCAUGAGGGAGAUUUGGAUGCUUUUGGCUUUGCCAAACAUCUUUUUCUGCCCUCCCAUCGUGACGUUGUGGCUGCGCCAGAGCAUCGCAAUGAUGCAAGAAGCUAUUGUUGGCAUGGGCGACUAUGUCAGCAAUGGCUUCGACUUCGACAUUUCUUUCCCCGUUUCCCAGGGUAGGGACCUGACCCCACGGAACGACGAAGUCUCUGGUGCAGAGCGCUGGAUGAGGUUGCUGUUGCAGGAGGUCGAGGACGACCGGCAAGCCAAGUGGGACGAGGAGGCGAGGGUCUUGGAGCAGGAGAACAACGCGAAGCAGGCUGCCUUGCUGAAGAAGCAGGAGUCCGACUGGAUGCUCGACGUUGCUUCCAAGGCCCUCACGUUGAGAAGUCAAAGGCAACGCCGCCAACAACGUGUCCGCCGUGACCCUCCUCCUCCCCAGGGCGAGGGAUACAAUCCCCGAAGAGCCUUGGCAGCAGCGCUAAAGCUCCAAGAUGAGGGGGUCAACAUCCCUGUGUACAAGACGAAGAGCACCCAGACAGAAGAGGCCGACUUUGUCGCUCGUAGGAAGACAACGAAGCCAAUCAGCCCGCCACCAAGGAAGUACGUUUCCUGCGGUGUUCAGACUGAGCCGGUGGAGCCUCUUACUCGCGAGGAGCCCAAGGUCACUGUCCUCCCUGUCCUCCCUGUCCUUCCUGUCACACCCCAGGAAGUCUUGAAGUCCACGACCACAACAAGUCCUGUUGAAGAAAAACCUGCGACCCCUGUCCAGGAAGAGCUUGACAGUAUCGACAUCAACGCCAUCGCCGUCACUAGCAUCCUCCCUGACGCCACGGUUCCUGCUUCUCCCACCCGCGAAGAGCCUAACGGCGUCACCAACACCACCAUCACUGUUACUGACACUCUCCCUGAGACCACGAUACCUGUCUCUCCUAUCCGCAAAGAGCCUGAUAGCAUCAAUAACACUGACCGCCUCUCACCCUCUCCUCCUGCGAGCCAUGCAUCUCUUGAACAAGAAGAGCCUCAAGACCUCAGCAACGCUGACUGUCCCUCCCCCCCUGUCACUGUGUUUUCUCCCCUGGACGAGCCUAACGACCACAUCAACAUCGACAGCCCUCCUAUCUCUCCCCCUACCAACCUCUUUCCUGUCCAGGAAGAGCCUAACGGCCUUAUAAACACCAACUGCCCCUCCCUAUCUCCUAUUGCGAACCGUGAGUCUUCGGCAGAUGCCGACGUCGCACUCGAUGACAUUAUACAAGGUUACGCUCAACUACACAUUGAAGACGAGGAGUUUGAAGAUGAUAUAUAUGAGGACAGUCUUGCUGGUGACCAUGAGAUGCCAGAUGAGGAACCAAAUGGUUCCGCAGUAUCCCAGGAGUCACACAACCAGACGCUUGUUGCCUGCGACACUGACGAGGAGAUGGUCGACCAGGUAUUCUUCGGUUCAGAGGAACCAACUGUGAAUGUCCAGCAAGAGGGAGUCGAGGACCAGGAAGUAAGUGCCAACGACAUUGAGAUGGCAGAAACUCCAGUUCGGUACCCCACCCAAGAGGAAAAGGAGAGGAUAGAGGAUGCGGCGCUGGAUGUGUUUGGGGAAUUCAUGGAUGAAGAUGACGACGAAGUCAGUGAAAGACCAGAGCCAACUUCAAAUGCUGCCUUCGACCGAAUGAGAGACAGAUCUCGCCCCCCCCCUAUUCAACACCCUCGACCUAUCCAGAUCCCUCCCAUUCAAUUUCCCCACCCCAGCUUCUCAAUAUCUGAAGAAGCUACAGAGCCAGCGACUACAACUUUGGGAAUCCAGUUCCCACCAUACGACUUCACAGUACCUCCACCACUACCAGCGACCGCGCAACCAGGAACACAGUUCCAACCAUUCCACUUCUCCCAGACUCUACAAUCAGGUCAAGAUGUACAAGUACAGGCUCCAUUCACAGAGGGUAGCCCUGCCCAAUACCAUACCAUGAGCCAGAAUGAGCAGGAUGACCUGGCAAGAUUGAUGGAGGCUGAAUUUGAAAUGCAUGACGUCCAGGGAACCAACACGCAGACUGUCCAGGGCUCCCAGUCUCAGCCGACCCAGUCUCCCAGACUUAACAGUCACCCCUCUAUUCCUAUCGACCCAGAGCUUGCAAUUGAAAACCAAGCUUUAGUAGACGCGGCUAACGCUCCUACUCCUCUCCCUGCAAGCCAAUAUGACUCGUACACCUCGCUCCGUGAUGAGGCUGACAAAAAACGGGAUGCACCUGACCCAGCCAAGGUGGCUGCGAAAGAGAAGCUUGCCACCAGAAGAAUCGCGAAGCCAAGAACCAGACGAACUGCCCUCACCCCUGCUCAAGAGAACUUUCCACAGUCCUCAGUACCAAGUGAAAGUCCACAGCAACAGCAACAGCAACAGCAACAGCAACAGCAACAGCAACAGCAACAGCAACAGCAACAGCAACAGCAACAGCAACAGCAACAGCAACAGCAACAGCAGCAACCGGCUCCUCAAUUGGAAGACGUUCAAGCGAACGACAUAGCUAUAAUGGAUACUGAGGCUCUGAAUAUUCUGCGACUCGCAAUGGAGAACGAUAUCCCUAUCCCGGGUCAUGCUCAGACCCAGGAGGCAGGUGUCCAGGAGGAACCCGUUCACGGGGAGGUUUCUCAAGAAAAUCAGAGCUACAAGAAUACCGCAAACGAGUCCACGGUCACAGAGCAACCAGAGGUAGUCCAGCCAGUCACAGCUGAGGUCCCGCCUCAGCAAACCGAGACUCAAGUCACCCCUUCUCAACCAGCCCCUUUUCAACAGCAGACGCCUGCCAGUAACACACCCUCAGAAACCGAACCUACCCAGGCCCAGCAACAACAACCUGUUGCUCCGAUCCAGAUGGGUGGGUUGAUUCUCCCUGGAGGUAACGCUGUGAUAUCCAACCCAGCGACCACUCCACUACCUCAGACACCUCAGACACCUCAGCAUACCAGCAAAGCUCCUCUUUCAGCAGAGGAAAAGCAAAGAAGAACAACCGAGGAUAUAGAAAGGAAGAGGAGAGCAAGGGAGGCCAGAAAGAAGGCUGGGCCCAGUUUGUUUCACCAGCCGAGACGAGGAGGCACUCCGGGCCCGUCAACACCAAGAACACCAACUACACCAACUACACCCCGACAGAACCUAGCACUUUACCAGGCUGAAUCGGCUGAUGCAGAGGUAGAAGUCACCAAGAUUCUCGCGGCAGGCGAUAUCCCCAUGCAUCUGCGAGAGCAAGUCCGCGAUCACAAGAACUAG